CAUCUCCUCCUCCUUCCCUCAAACAAAUCGUAGUAUGGCCACAUGAAUGCUGGAAAUCUUUAGAGUGGGACCAUCCUAAUGCAGAGCGUGUCCUUCUAGAAUUCUGUGGAAGAUAUCAUUCGUUUCCUUUCAAAUUAGUAGAAGGGCGCAUUAAAAGGUGUUUGGCACUGUCAUAAAAUAAAGACGUUGUUCCCCUUUUGGAUGAAUCUCCAGAGUCUAGAAGAAAUUAACAUUGGAUUUUGCAAUCAGAUGGAAGAAAUAAUAGUAUGGGAUGCAGAAGAAGCAGGAGGAGAAAAAGAAGGGGUCAUCCAACUCAUUCUUCCAAAAUUAAAAAUUUUAGAUUUGAAAGAAUUGCCCGCAUUGAAGAGCAUCUGUAGCAGGAGGGCACUAAUGGUAUGUGAUUCUCUAAAAAAGAUUCGGAUCUGGAAUUGCGAGGGCCUAAGGAGGAUCCCUCUUUAUCUUCCUCUGCUUGAUAACGGACGACCAUCUCGUCCUCCUUCCCUCGAAGAAAUCGUAUUAUGGCCACAAGAAUGGGGGGAAUCGUGGUGGGAAUCGUUGGAGUGGGACCAUCCCAAUGCAAAGGAUGUCCUUCUUCCGUUCCUUAAUUUCACUCCGCGGUGGCACUAAUUUUCUUUAAUCAAGGAAGAGGAAGAAGAAAUCACCUAUUGUCACUCUGCAACAGUCAUCUUCACCAUGGCUCCCCUAAUCGUUGUGGAAAAGGAAGCUGAGAUAUCCACCUCUAUCUCUUCAGGGGCGUCAAGGAAUUUGGAUACUUCUCAAAAGAGGAGCCCCGCAAUUCUUUAUUUGCAGUGCAUUGUGAGUUGUAUCAAUUUCUGUAACUGGAUGCAAUUCCAAUGGAAGUUUGGGUUUCUUGUAAAUGUCAGAAAUCUGGAAUACCUACUCUCAUCUUCGGUUGCAUCGGAUUCAGAAGGGAUGAUCCAACUCCUCCUUCCAAAACUAAAGAGGUUAGAAUUGGGAGAUUUGCCCCAGUUGAAGAGCAUCUGUAGGGAGAGGGCAGCAAUGGUAUGUGAUUCUCUUGAAUGGAUUAUAAUUUGGAAUUGCUAUAGCCUAAGAAGGUUCCCUCUUAAUCUUCCUCUGUCUGAAAAUGGACAACCAUCUCCUCCUCCUUCCCUCAAACAAAUCGUAGUAUGGCCACAUGAAUGCUGGAAAUCUUUAGAGUGGGACCAUCCUAAUGCAGAGCGUGUCCUUCUACAAUUCUGUGGAAGAUAUCAUUCGUUUCCUUCCAAAUUAGUAGAAGGGUGUAUUAAAAGGUUAGAGUUGACCGAUAUUGAUGUAGAGAAUACUUGGCUGCCACCAUCCGUACAAGAAUUAGUUCUUGCUCGAUGCAACAACUUAAGAAGCUUAAAUGAUAUCUCCGCCACUAAAGAUGCAAAAGAAUUGAAAUGCUACAGGAUUCGGAAUUGCAAUGGCGUGGAGUGUGUUCUCUCCUCCUCCAUAAAUCUACUGGCCCAAAAGCUUGAGGUUCUGGAUCUUUUUGAUUUGCAAAACUUGGAUGCUUUGUUUGAAGCAGAAGCAAUUACCAAGUCACCACUGCCACCAGACACUUUUUCAUCUCUUAAAACAAUAAAUAUUUGGUGCUGUCAUAAAAUAAAGGAGCUGUUCCCCUUUUGGAUGAAUCUCCAAAGUCUAGAAGAAAUUCGCAUUGGAGAUUGCCAUCAGAUGGAAGAAAUAAUAGUAUGGGAUGCAGAAGAAGCAGGAGGAGAAAAAGAAAGGGUCAUCGAACUCAUUCUUCCAAAAUUAAAGAGUUUGUCUCUGAAAUACUUGCCGAAAUUGAAGAGCAUCUGCAGCAGGAGGGCAGUAAUGGUAUGUGAUUCUCUUGAAGAGAUUCAGAUCUGGAAUUGCCAGGGCUUAAGGAGGAUACCUCUUUAUCUUCCCCUGCUUGAUAACGGACAACCAUCUCCUCCUCCUUCCCUCAAACAAAUCGAAGAAGCUGAGAUACCCGCCUCUAUCUCUUCAGGGGCGUCAAUGAAUUUGGAUACUUCUCAAAAGAGUGGCUCCGCAAUUCUCAAUUUGUAGUGCAUUGUGAGUUGUAUCAUUUUCUGUAACUGUUUGGCAUCCAUGAUGCAGUUGUAUCAAAACCAAACAUGGCUGAUUCAGGAGCUCUUGGACGAGGUGUAGUUUACUGGCUAAAGGUGACAUCUUGUAAGAUGAAGUAUGCCUUGAUACAAUUGAGCAAAGUGUGCUAAAGGGACCUGCUGCCAAUAUAGUUCCUGUCUUGCUUGGAGAGAGACUGCCAACAUUGUGAAAGAAGGAUGUAAUGUUCUCCCCUUUUAACUCCCACCUUGAUCUCUCUCAGGUUUCAAGAUGUAUAUCUUUUGGAGGCUAGUUCUUGUACAAGAGAGUGAACUGUGUAGAUAAUUUUGUUUUACAAAGCCAAAGUGAUACUGCUUUAUUUUUAAAAAAUAGGGAAGAAUUUUUGGUGUGAAAAUGUAAGGUUCAGUUGACAUUCUACUUCACAAGAAGCAUCUCAAAUUUCAGAAAGUGGAAUAUAUAAGAAAACAAGCGUGAAGAUGAUAGCACAUUGAAUGAAGGUGGAGCUGAGAUUUCUAUUUUAGGUACAAACUAAAAGAGAUUUGCUCAGAGUGGAGUCUAAGGUUCAGAUUUUGGAAUGAUUACCCCAUAUGCUGCACAGGUUGACUUAGAAAAGAUGUUGAGAAGCAAUGAGGAUAUAAACUGGGAAAUUGAUGUUUUGAGACCAUGUUGCACCCACUCUCCUAGUGUUGGUGCCAUGGCUUGUGAUGGACUUUGGAAGGUGUCGAUACCUAAGUAGUCGAAACCUAAUGACCAAAUGGAGGAAGAAAGAGUUGGUACUGUAGCAAAAUAUUGGCACCUAUUUCUUAAGGCUCAAGGAUCAUGUCUAGACCUCAGCUAAAGAGGGGCACUUGUGGUUUGUACAUGGUGUCAACACUCAGGACCCAAGUGUUGAGACCUUUAGUUGCUGACAGCCUUUUUAUGUAUGUUAUACUUGUACCCCAUAUAUUAUAUGUUGAUCAUCUUUAUACGGGAUGAUUUUGAUCUGG